AUGCAACUAGCUGAAAGUGCAAUCAAAGUUGAGGAAUAUGUUCCAGAGUAUGCUAAUUUUGAAAAACUCUGUAAAUCAAAGCAAGAACUAUCAAAACUGAACUUCUACGGUGAAGUUGACAGUAAAAUCUAUGAAGUACAGCAGCAUAUUGAUGAGCGAAAACAAAACCAAGGCAAAACAGAUAGCGGUAUUAUUUUCGAUUUAUUUUAUCAAAUAUUAAGAGCACCAAAUACACUUACACUUAUGUCACUAAAUUUAUUAGCAAGUGAACUAAAAGAACAACGCAAUCGAUUUGUUUCCACUGGCGAAAUGGCAAAGCAACUGCCAAUACAGAAGAACUUAUCAUUAGAACUACUAUGGCGAAAUGCUAUUGUUUGUGGCACGUAUCAAGUGCCUGAAGUUUGGCGGCUGAUUGUUCAACGAUACUAUGAAUCGAUGGUUGCUGGCUUUCCGUUUGAAACCAUUGACGAUGAUAAUUUUUAUUUUCAUCAUCAAUUUCUCUCCAAUGUUUUAUCUAUCUUUGGUAACAAGAAAAUUUUAGUCGUCAGUGUUAUUGGUCCACAGAAUUCAGGCAAGAGUACCUUGCUUAACUACAUGUUUGGAACUUUCUUUGAUGUUCGAGAUGGUCGGUGUACUCGCGGUAUCUAUGGUUCAUUUGUAAAAUCAAAUAGAAAAGAUUUCGAUUAUAUUCUUUUGAUUGACACAGAAGGUUUAUUGGGUGUAGAAAGAGAAGACAAAGAAUUUGAUCGUCGAUUGGUGUUAUUUUGUUUAGCAGUAUCACACUUGAUCGUUGUUAACAUGAUCGGAGAAGUGAAUGAAUCUUUGAAGACAAUGCUCACACUCUGUGCCGACUCUCUCAAGCAAAUGAACGUCAAUCGCGUUCCGGAACCAAUUGUACACUUCGUAUUGAAUCAAAAAGCUGACUUGAAUAUACAAAAUCAUCAAGCGGCUAUCGAAAAAAUUACUUCAGAUUUAAAAAGUUUUGAUUUGAGUGGAAUGAUUCAUAUCAGACAAGAGACAUUUCAUACUUUACCAAAUGCAUUUAAGAAGGAGCGUGGCCUAUUGAAUGAUACCAGUUCACCGUGUUUGAGUAAAGCAGAGCCGGAUUUUAUUGAACUGGUACAACUCUUAUGUGGAGAUAUUAUUAAUUCAGCACUGAAAUGCCUACCGAGAACAUCAGAUCAGUUCACCGGACCAUCACAAUGGUUAAAGUCAUCCAUUACAAUCUUUGAUACACUGCGAAAAUUUGCGGAUCUAACAUACUACCGUGAUAUCAAUGAACGUCGACAAGACAAUAAAGUGCGUGAAUACAUACGUGCUAAAUUAAUUGAAGAAUUUGCUUCCACAUAUCGUGAGCAACUCACUGCUGUAUCUGCCAAUAAGAAUGAACGUGAAAUUGAAGAACUCAUAUUACCAGAGAUGGAGAAGAAACAAAAAGAUCUAAAUGAAGAUCUUGAAAAUCGUUUAAAACUAUUGAAAACAUCUGAUACAAUACGAAUUCGUAGUCGACAAUUUUUACGAGUACAAAUAAUCGAAAUGUUCAAUGCUUUGCGAACAUCGUGUAAAAUGGUGAGUGAAAGAGCACAAGUUCAACUAUUAGUUCAAAAUGGAGAAGGAGCAUUGAAACAAUUAAUUGAAGAAAUCGGAGCCAAAGGCAUAGUAAUGUCUGAAUAG